AGAGGGCAAAAUUGAGGUGAUGCGGGUGUACAGUUGGGGCAUUUCUGUCACACUAAACAGCGUACAUGGAAGGGGGAUAGAAAAACAAUCAAUUACCGCGAUUGGACAGUAGGGUCCAAAUCUCUAAAUGUGGUCAAAUUCAUGCCUUAGAUUGAAAAUAUUUCUCGACUAUGCACCACUAGUGUGUAUUGCGUGAGGUCAGGGCCACUGUUGAGGCAGGAAGUUGAUGUGGUUAGCCAAGCAGAACAAGGAGGGGGAAGCGUCGCUCUCUCUUUUUUUUUUUCUUGAUACUGUCUAUUCAUUACACUGGAAAUUGCUGGAGAACGAAUGUGAAACCGAAGAGCAUCGGCGGUGAGGAAUUGACUCCCUUGCCAGCGUGAGUAAGCUUGAAAAUGGCAGUGGGCUCGCAUUUGGAUCCUGGGGCGUGCCAGAAGGCUGUUAAGGUUCGAGGGCUAUCCCGGCCGGUCCUCUUGCUCACGCUAGCGGUCAUCACCUCGUCCUCUCUGUCUGCGCUCUCCUUGUACCGGCUGGUGGUCCUCAGCGCUGAGGUGGAUGGCCUGAAGUCCGAGGUGUUUCGCAGGAGGGAAGAGAGUCAGGAGGCCAAGCGUGGAGAGCAGGAUGUGAGUGAUAAGAGAAGCGGCCAGGAUGAUCGUCAACACCCAUUCACCCUGUUAAGGAGGAGGAGGAUGGUGUCGGGAACAGACACAUCAGUUUCCCAAUCUUGUCUCCAAUUGUUGGCGGACAAGAGCAGGAAAAUCUUCAGGAAAGAUUUUGCCCUAGAGCCAUACACGGGCAUCCCGUGGAUGACUGGUCUGACGAGAGGGUCUUCGCUGGAGGUGGUGGGAGACAACAUGCUGGUCCGAGAGGAGGGCUUUUACUUUGUCUACAGUCAGGUUUGCAAUGGGCCACGUGGUGAUCCGCAGGAAGAGGACGGUGGUGGGCGACGAGGCUCAGUACGUGAUCCUGUUCCGCUGCAUUCAGAGCAUGGACAGCGUGUACCCUUACAACACGUGUUACACAGGAGGUGUCGCGAAGCUGGAAGUCGGUGACCAGUUGGAGCUGCUGAUCCCCAGGUCCACUGCCAAUGUGUCCCUGGAUGGGGACGCCACCUUUGUUGGCGCUGUCAAGCUGGUUUAAAGCCUGUCGCUUCACAUGAGAGCAGAGGGAGCUGCAAUUCUGGUGACCUCAAAG